AUGGACUGUAUCGAUUCUGGUCCGGUGGCGCUUGGCCACUACAUGAUUCAGCAGCUCAACAAGCACGAGGGCUUCCUCUACUGUCACAUGAUGGAACCUCGGAUGACAAUUGUUGACGACCGCUGGCAGAUCCCUCACGGGCUCCUGCCGUUCCGAAAGGCGUUUAAUGGCACGUUUAUUGUCGCCGGCGGGUACGACCGAGAGGAAGGAAACAAGGUAGUGGCUGAAGACUAUACUGACCUUGUCGCAUAUGGGAGAAUCUUCUUGGCUAAUCCGGACCUGCCAAAGAGGUUCGAGUUGAAUGGUCCACUGAACAAGUACGACCGCUCUACCUUCUACACGCAAGAUCCUGUUGUUGGCUACACGGAUUAUCCUUUCAUGGAAGAUGAUAGCAAUAAUGAGGUCAAGUAUUCAUGCUUAACCGUGCAGAUAACCAAUCUGAUCACAACUAAUAAUGUGCAUCAGUAA